UUUGGCUCUGUGGUGCUUAACUAAAGUUUUCCCCGGAGCCACAGUGGGGGAUUAGAAAUUCUGUGAAAUUGUAACACUGGAGAGACUGAUCCAGCUGUGGAGGGAACCAUCGUUUUCCUCGGCGUUGAAAGAACGAUUACGUCUGUGAGAUUAGUAGAGGACCGCAAAGGAUUUUUUCUCCCGCUUUCUAACCCCUCUUUCCCAAAUCCUCCGACCCCCUUCUCGAUCCGAGAUGGGGAAGGAGCAGGAACUCCUAGAGGCGGCGCGCACAGGAAAUCUUGCCGCGGUGGAAAAGCUUCUCUCUGGGAAACGACAAUCGACUGGAAGUGGAAGUGGAUCAUCAGGGACUGGUGGAAGCAGCAAUAGCAGUGGUCACAAUGCUUCGCACCCGCUUUCCAGCCUUCUCAGUAUCUGGAGGGGUCCUAAUGUGAACUGUGUGGACAGCACUGGAUACACUCCUCUACACCAUGCAGCCCUAAACGGACACAGUGAAGUUGUGGAGUCACUGUUACGUAACGAGGCCUUGACCAACAUCGCUGACAAUAAGGGCUGCUACCCCCUGCACCUGGCCGCAUGGAAGGGGGACCAGCGGAUCGUCAGGCUGCUCAUUCACCAAGGCCCCUCACACCCCAAACUCAACGAGCAGAGCUCCUCUGUAGAGCACAAAGAGUUGAAACGCUGUGGGCCCUUUGACCUGCAUAUUAAUGCCAAGAACAAUGACAACGAGACCCCUCUCCACUGUGCCGCCCAGUAUGGCCACACCCAGGUGGUGCGUCUGCUGCUGGAGGAGCUGACCGACCCCACCAUGAGGAACAACAAGUUUGAGACGCCGCUGGACCUGGCGGCGCUCUACGGCCGGCUAGAGGUGGUCAAGCUGCUGCUCACCGCCCACCCCAACCUGCUCAGCUGCAACACCAAGAAACACACGCCGCUGCACCUGGCCUCACGUAACGGACACCUGGCCGUGGUAGAGGUGCUGCUGGAUGCUGGCAUGGACAUCAACUAUGAGACGGAGAAGGGCAGUGCCCUCCAUGAAGCGGCUCUCUUUGGGAAAACUGACGUGGUGCAGAAACUUCUGAGGGAAGGGGUUAAUGUCAACAUGGUGGACAACAAGGGCCUGACUGCGCUGGACACUGUCAGAGAGAUGCCCUCUCAGACGAGCCGGCAGAUAGCAGCUCUAAUUCUGGGUCAUAUGUCAGGAAAUCCCCCUGUUUUGGAUUUGCCUCCUCCCCCUCUCCCUCCACCUAAUGAGAGCCCUAGUCCGAGGAAAAAAGGUGAGAUGGAGGUGGUGAGUGCACUGCUCUCGGGGCUGGCCCCGGGGCCUGAGGAAGAGAGCCCGUAUGAGGCUCUGUUUGAGGCCACCUCCUGUCACUCUCUAGACAGCCUGGCCAGUGGGAAGUCCUCCGACAGGGACUCUGGACGGCCUGACAGUGAAGCCGGAAAGAAAGACCGGCUGGCUCACCAAUCCCAACCUGCCCCAGGCCAUGUAGAGGAGCUUAGCUCAGAGGCCCUAUUCACUAACAGCAGCAUCGAUGAGAGGGGGGAGACAGAGGAGGAGGAUCACACGUAUGAACUGCUGCUGUCUGCCCAGACCAAAGUCCCCCAGUCCGCACUGGACCCCCCAUCCCAGAAAGAUGGGAACGCUACAGUCAAACAGUCUUCCAACAGUCUCCUACCUCAGCAGCAGAAGCCCACUGCCCCUAGUGACCUCAGACCACCAGGCGAGACGGGCAACACUCUAAAGCUCCCUGGAUCUCCUGUGGUUGGGCCUGGACGGACGGGACUCCGCUCCACUGGCGAUAACUCCCUACUCGGCCAGGACCUAGUCGCAGUACCUGAAGUGUUCACAGGCCUCUUGCACGGCUCCUCGCCUGUCUUUGACUGUCAGGUGGAGCCCCUCAGCAGGCUGCCAGGUGGGGUACUGACACAGUCCAGCCAAGGCCAACAGCCGGCGCCAGCUCCAACGGUCCCCACCAAAACAACAGAAGCUCCGCUUCUGCCUCCUCCAAACAUCAACAUGGCUGCCAUCCUGACAGACUGUGACCCCAAAGCCAUCUAUGCCACAGUGUCUAAGGGGGUGCCCAGGGACAGAGACAGAGACAGGAUGAGGGACUUUGGGUCUAGGGCUGUGCCUGCUGGCAGGAUGCAUCCCCCUGGGGACCUGAAGCUGGCCCGCAGCCUCUCCAAGUCGGACUCGGACCUGCUGGUAUCGCCGCCUAGCGAGGAGGAGGGAGGGCUGGGCAGCCGGAGUGAGUCCGUCUCCAACUGCAGUGCAGCCAAGAAGCGGCUGGAGAAGUCGCCCUCUUUCGCCUCUGAAUGGGACGAGAUUGAGAAGAUCAUGACGCUGAUUGGCGCAGGCAUCGAUUUCUCCAGAGACCAGCAGUACGCUACCCCAGGUGGGGCGGCUGGGCGGCUGCUGGACCAGCCAGUGGGAGACUGGCUGGAACACGUGGGGCUUCCGCAGUACGAGAGCAAGCUGCUGCUCAAUGGCUUUGACGACCUGCACUACAUGGGCAGUAAUGUGAUGGAGGAACAGGACCUGAGGGAGAUAGGUAUCACUGACCCAGGACAUCGGAGGAAGAUCCUGCAUGCAGCUCGGUCCCUGCCAAAGGUGAAGGCCCUGGGCUGUGACGGCAGCAUCUCUCUCUCCUCCUGGCUGGACCUCCUGGGCCUGCAGGAGUACCUCCACAACUUCCUGUCCAGCGGAUACCGCAGCCUCGACUGUGUCAAGAACCUGUGGGAGCUGGAGAUUGUCAAAGUACUGAAAAUCACCCUGCUGGGACACAGAAAGCGCAUCAUCGCCUCGCUGGCAGAACGGCCCUAUGAGGAACCUCCUGUCAAGCCCCCCCGCCUGUCCCAGAUCAGGUGUCAGGACCUUGUAUCCCAGACCUCCUCUCCCAUCAGUCACAUGGACUCCUAUGCAGGUCGUUCCAUGGACCCCCUCCUGCCGUUGGGGGAGCCUGGGAGGAGGAAGGGGCCCGACCCAGCUUACGAUGUGGACCCCCACCGGCCACGCAGUGGAAGACACCGCUCACAUGAGAGGUAUGAGGAGCGGCAUCGGGAGCCCCGUCUGACCCUGCGACCCCCCAGCCUGGCAGCACCUUACACCCCUGUACAGAACUGGCACCACCAGCCUGAGAAGCUCAUCUUUGAGUCCUGUGACUAUGAAGCCAAUUACCUGGGAUCUAUGCUCAUCAAGGAGCUACGUGGUACAGAGUCCACCCAGGACGCCUGUGCCAAAAUGAGGAGGUCGACAGAGCAGAUGAGGAAGGUCCCCACCAUCGUCCUCUCCAUCACAUACAAAGGGGUGAAGUUCAUUGACGCAGCCAAUAAGAACAUCAUAGCUGAGCAUGAGAUCCGGAACAUCUCGUGUGCGGCCCAGGACCCAGAGGAUCUGUGCACGUUUGCCUACAUCACCAAGGACCUGCAAACCAACCACCACUACUGCCAUGUGUUCAGCACAGUGGACGUGAACCUGACCUAUGAGAUUAUCCUGACGCUGGGACAAGCUUUUGAGGUGGCCUAUCAGCUGGCUCUCCAGGCCCAGAGGACCAAACAGCACCAGGGCAUCCCAGCAGGACCUGGGACAGAGGUCAUCGAGACCAAAUCCAGCCGGCCCGUUCCUAAACCACGGGGCAGCGUAAAAAAAUUAGGGGUGGACCCGUUGGAGCUGGUGGGGGACUCCCAGUCCCAGGGCAGUGCCACGUGGCUGGUGGACCCCGUUCCCAAGGACUCCAAGAGGACCAUCAGCACUAAGUACGAGACCACCAUAUUCUGAGUAGACCUGCCACCUCACCUCUCCUGACCUUUUACCUUGGAUCUGACCUCCUAAUCUACUGUACCUUUCCUCCUCUCCUUCUCCUUCUGUGUGCCUUUCAAUGUGACUCUGCCCGUCUCCGCUCCAGGCCUGACCCCUGCUCUCCUGUCUCCCUCCACCUCCUUUCCUCUCCUCUGCCACUGUUGGACCCUGCUGUCUGAGAGUUAGUCUACCACAUCUACCUUCUGCUCUCCUCGCCACUGUGUUAUCUUCCCCCAACCACAGCUCUGACUGUGGGGACUAACUGUUACUGGACCGCUCUCCUAACUGGAACACGUACCUCUUCCUUCCCUCUAAUUAAUAAGUCCUGCCAACUACUGGGCCCUGAAUCCUUCCAACCUUCUCUAUGAUUGUGAAGCAAUCAUCAACCGUUCCCCAGGCAUUUACUAUAGUUCCUCUUGCCUUUGUGACCAAGAAGCAUGAGACCUUAUCCUUCUGCAACAUUGCCUCUGUUUUGUUUUCUCAUGAACCCUGUGCUUCCUCACAUUCACAUUGGCACUGCAUUAGCCCUGCUUUCAAUUUUGUAAUGUAUGGUGCUGUUAUUUGUAGCAUUUACCAAUGCUAGUAGGCUCAGUGGCAUUAUCUGACCGAUCCAGUACAGUAGCUGUGAAGUGUGUAAGACAGCUAAUGUAAUCCACAAGUCACUGAUUAAGUUUGUUCAGUGGUAGCGAUCUCCAUUCUACCUACAGUACCUUCUCACCACUCUAAUUUACCUCUUACUCACAAACUACUAUCCCCCAAACUCUCUUAGAACAAUCCUUCAUUUUUCCUUCUAUAUAUCCCUCCUUUCUUUUUCAUUCCUUUUACUCAUCAAUGUUGUUUUCUCCUCUGGGUGCUUUUCCUGCUCUACCAGGCGACGGCCACUGUGAGAUGUUCUUGAAGAACUUUCCCUCCUUGUUUUCUGAACAAUAAUCUCCUGACUCCAGUGCUCAGAAAAAAAUAUAUGAUUCUCUACAGCGAAGGAUCAACUACCUGGAUGAACAUUGUUUUCUAGAAGAAUCUGUAAGAGACCGGCUGUUCCAUUGUUCCAACUCUACACACAUUAGUAGGAACAUUGCCUGUUUCCCUGCAAGGGGAUGGAUGACAACCUUGUUGCACAGGACUAAACCCUAAACCCAUCCCCCCUGGGAUUGGUCCAUUUGGGUUAACAGGGGGAAGGGCACGUACAUGCGUAUCCUGUCAGACUUAUUUACAUUCUUUGUGUCGGUUUACCGGAAACUGUCUGGGAAAACUGGCCCUCUGUGUCAGGCUGCCAAAGGAGGCUAGUGUCCAGCACUGUGAUAGGAGAUCUCUAUUGGGAACUAAUGGAGUUAACAUUGACGGGGCCUUUUGUUAGGGAACAACAGUGGGCAGGAUAGGACACAGAGGCUCACACAGAUAAUAUGGUGUCCUAUGUAGAGGUGCUCACUGUUAUAGACAGACAGCCUAGUGGGACAUCUAUUUGAGCAUGCCUUUCUCUGUUUAUGACUGAGAUUACGUUGAUUUAAAAUCUAGUGCAAUUCUAAUUUGGAGUGUCAUGAGCACUUUUUGUGAAUGCUUGGAUGCUGGGGAAAUAUUGUGUGCAUCCAAGAUGAUAUGAAGAGAAAUUGAAUUGACUGUUCAUUUAAUAGAGUAGGAACCAAAGAGAUGCCAAAAUGCGUGAAUUCUGCUCUAGCCACCCGUAAUAGACCUGGGUGAUGGUCUUAGGGUAAUAACUCAGCCUAGCUGGUACAUCAGUCAAUAUAGAGCUGAUUAGUGCCAGUAACCUUAAUGACGAGGAAGAGAGCGCAUCAAAUCUCUCAGUGGAGAGGAGAGGUUAUAUGAAGUACGUAGAAAAUAAAAGAUAAACAUUGUUCACAAUCCAAGCAUGUCUUAAUGGACUGAAAGAGGAAGGCAUUAGGUUGGCAUGGCACUGAUUCUACAUAUAGACAUAAUAAAAGUACAUCAUUACUUACUGUUGCUGUGCUAGGUUCAGCUCAUUAAGUGUUCAAAUCACUGUUCACAUCCAUCUAAAAUUCAAACUCAUCGCCAUAUUCCAAAUAGUGUUAAGACCCAAUCAACCCACUGUUGAAACUUAAACCCAGCGGAAUGGGGGCUUUCCUUUCCUUCUUUUCCUUUUCAGAGCUCAUGCCUUCUUGAUGUUCUGUUGUCAUUAAUGGAUGUCUGUCUGUGUUUGAUUUAGAAUCCACCCUGCCUCAGUCAAUAUUCAGAGUGCUAACAUUGAAGCGGCAGUUGAUCAUUAUCUAGAAAAAUCCAUCAUUUUUAUAUCUCCUCCAUUUAGUUUUCAGUUGGCUCCGUCAUGUUUUUACAUUAUUUUAACCCCAGUGCUGUGUUGGUGUGUAUCUCCCUUCCAUGUAGCUGACUACCAUGACCAGACACCCAGCCAGAGUGAGAGGUCAGGGGUGCUCAGACCAAUGGUAUUUUGUUGUGGGGCAGGAUGCCCUUUUGGAACCAAGAGAAAGGCCAGGCCCACUUUCCAUGCACCUCUCCACCCACUGGGGGUCGUGCUUGCAUACACCAGGAAGGCCCUACCUGCUCUCUGCCGCCCCCGGCCCUCUCCUCAACCUCCACUUCUUCAGCUCCAGGGGUCAGCGCUGUAGCUCUGUAGCAGACAGACAGGAAGUCAGCUAUUUGCUUCUUCCACCCUGUCCUGUCCUUUGACCACUGUGACUGACUGCCCCCAGGCAGUAAACAGAAUCAACCAACACCCUCACUGCAUCCACUUACAUAUACUGAACAAUGGACUCAAUAUGUCAAAACUUGGUCAAUAAUCUAGAGAUCACAAAGGUGGGUGUUUGUUUGGUACAUGUCCCUCUUUCAUUGUGAAGCACUCAACUUCAACAUCCCUCAUCUGUUUUUGGUACCAAUUAAACAUGUUUAUCCUUUACAGGCCUGUGAAUGCUGUUCAGACAGACAGUGUAUUCUAUUUAUGGGUACGAGAGUGACAAGUUCCCAGUUGUUGUUUUUUGCCAGACAUUUUGUGACUUGUUUAUCCAUUCCAUGAGAGGAGAAGAUGGUUGCCUCCUCUAGAUUGGUGCCUCAAACAACUCCUCCUCAGAGAGGCCUUUCCCAUACACUUAAAUGUGUCUUCAUUGAGGGCUACGCUAAGCUACUCUUUACUCUGACAGUGAUAGUAAUCAACAUAAAUUAUAGAUUUUUGAGCAGAGAAAAUCGAGAUCCUACCUGACUAUCUCAAUGCAAUACCUAUGGGAAAUGAGAGACAAAUUUGGGAAGAAUUGGGUAAAAUGAUUACAAUGUGAGAUGCAGCAGUACACUCACAGGCUCUCUCCUGUCCAUCCAUCCAAGCACCAGGUCAGCGACAUCAAAGCAUCUCUUAUUUUCAUUUCCUCAUUCAUAACAUACAGAACUGUGAUAAAUAAUGGAAUAGUGUGCGGGAGGAAUUUUGGACGGCUUUUAAACUGACAAUACAGAUCAUAUUUAAACAGGGUGAAUGGCUUUUAUUUGAUAAUAAUAAUAAUAAUGUAUUGUCUAUUUGUACGUUUUAACUGUCCUGAUGCUGGAUACUAUAUGACCAGGCUGGUGUUAGGAGGUAGUCCUACUGAUUGCAUUUUAUUCCCCCUCCCUUUAUUUCUGAAUUCAUUUUGAACUAGUCAAACCACGAAAUGAGUCGUAUAAGAUUUUAGGUACAAUAAUGUACCAAGCAUUUUCUCCCCAUACGCCAUCUCUCCUGGUACUCUGUGGGCAGCUAGUGAUGAACCUCUGUUGGUAUGUUGACUAGUUAUGGUACACUCAAUAUGGUACACUGGCUUCAGCUUGUUGAUAGCACCUGCAGCCAUCAACCUGGUCCCAUCUUCGCGUUUGCACAUUUACUAAGGAUCAUUGGUAGUACAAUGUGACUAUUCUGAUGAUAUUGAUGACUAUAAUGAUUAGAACAAUAUUGGAUUGUAAAUUAAUCUCUAGCAGUCUGUAUUUUGAUACUUGAAUGAUUUUGCUUUUAUAGAUAUCUAUAUAUAUAUAUAUAUAUAUAUAUAUAUAUGUAUGUAUGUAUGUAUGUAUGUAUGUAUGUAUGUAUGUAAUUUUUUGCCACAUUUGUCGUAAAGAGAAAAAGGACUGUGUCUUAUAAAGUUCAACAUAUCAUGAUACCCAACGAUUGAAAACAGAGAAAGAACUUAGAGCGACCGCACUAAAGAAACAAAGAAAAAUAUUGUAAAUAAUCUUGGGCUUCCAGUCUUUUUAUGAUUAUUAUUUUUCAUAAUUGUACAACUAAUAAAUGAAGAAAUGAUGAACCAGA